AUGUUAUCCACGUACACAUUCUGUAGCCGUUUACCUACCUCGCCAGGAUAUAUAUAUCCACAUUUGACAUCAUAUCCUAUCUCAAUUCAUUCGCGUGGGCGUACAGCGAGCUCACACACGACUAGGAUUGCUAAGCGAAUAUAUACUCCACAACGCAUUGCUAACCAUACAACUAGCAUCAUUGGUCUAGUGGUAGAAUUCGUCGUUGCCAUCGACGAGGCCCGUGUUCGAUUCACGGAUGAUGCACAACAAUUUCUUUUUUGCAACUUCUUCUGCUGA